UUUUUUUUUGAGUAGAAGCUGAUCGACUGUUGAAAUAUUCAAGAAUGAUCUGAUCUCCAUUCCCUUUUGCAGACCGAAGCUUCCUCUCAAUCGGCUGGAAUCCCGUCCGGAGGCCAGGGAUUAAGAGCUCGUCAUCGUCAUCACUCUUUAUAUCAAGCCACUCCGUCCACUCCACCCACCAUGCUCUCCACCUGGCAAGCCAUCUGCACCAACCUCGACGCCCGCCUCCAGACCUUGAUCGACAGCAACAAAGAGACCCUCCACCUCGUCCAUCGCCUGAACAAACUAGGUCCGCAGCCCCGCACCGCCCUACGUCCUGACAUCGUCGAUCGUCUGAAGCGCAACGAGGAACACCUCGACUUAGUCGGCCAAGACGUCGAAGACUUGCCCGGUGCAGUAAGAGAAGGACCGCAUAGUCGGGAGACGCCCGUCAGUAGGGAGAAGGCGCGAUUAGAGUCAUUGGUCGCCCGGUCACGGGAAGAUCUGAAGAGCACGCGCAGCCAGUUCCGACGCGCGCAACUACAAGCGCUCCGGAACGACGAGAUCGCCCGCAAGAAGGAGCGGGAGCAACGGUUCGCCAUCACACCGGACGUCCCUACGUCAAACCGACCACGACGCGGACACGAGCGCCAACCGCACGAAGACGCGCGCGUGACCGCCCAAAGCGAAGUCACCGACGCCCUGCAACGGACGCUGGAGUUGAUGCAAUCGGAGGUGGAGAGAUCUCGCGCAUCACAGGAAGUGUUUGAACAGUCGAGCCGGGACCUGCGGGGGCUAGCGGAGAACUAUACGGACCUGGACAGCCUGCUGUCGUCGUCGUCGACGCUGCUCAAGUCGCUGUUACGGACCUCGAAGACGGAUAGCUGGUAUCUACAGACGACGUUCUACCUCCUCCUCGGAACGGUCCUCUGGCUCGUCUUCCGCCGUCUCCUCUGGAGCCCCAUCUACUGGCUGUGUCUCCAACCCCUCUUCCUCCUCCUCCGCCUCUCAUCCUACCUCCUCUCCGCAUCCGGAAUCCUCGGCUCCGCUCAGAGCAGCUCAAUCGCGGUCUCCUCCCCUUCCUCGUCCCUCAUCGUCAAACCCAGCGCCACCGAAGGCUUACCCCACCUUCGUCGGGAUCAAGACCCCCAGCCGUUCAUGCGUGCCGGCGCCGGCGGAUACGGAGCAAAGGAUCCAGAAGAUCCGAGCGUCCGCGGGUCCAUGUCGCAGCGAGUUGGGCAGAUGGCGGAGAAAUCUCGUCAGCAGCAAGGGGGGCAGGCGGGAGCGCAAGUGCAGGCGGAACCCGUUCGGAGGGCGGACGGGACGGUGUUGCAGGACUCGGACGAGCCGCGGAAUCCGAAGAAGAGGGUGAUGGAGGAGCCGCCAGAGGGGCAGGCGGAGAAGCAGGGGCAGCAGGAGGGCCAGGAGCAGGCGGGACAGGCGGGACAGGCUCGGAAGAAGGAUGAGCUAUAGGGGUUUGUAGCUGUAUGUGUACCUGAUUUACGAUAUGAUUGCCAUGAUAGGCUUAAUGGUGAUAUGGUCAAUGUUCGAUACACUUCUUUGGUUAACAUUGUUCCCAGUAGAGACAAGAUCAGCAUCGGC